GAAACGGACAGAGCUCUACCGCAAGUAGUGGCGAAGCGACCUUCAACGACCCUCAAGACAUCAAGAAAAUGGCCCGCUCCAACGUCCGCUACGGCUUGAACAAGGGUCACCCUACGACCCCCAUCCCCAAGGCUGUCCGCCCUAGUCAGCGCAAGGGCAUCACCUCUGCACGCACGAAGUUCGUGCGCUCUGUCGUCCGGGAGGUUGCGGGCUUCUCCCCAUACGAGCGUCGGGUUAUGGAGUUGCUGAGGAACUCCAAGGACAAGAAGGCGAGGAAGCUCACGAAAAAGCGGCUCGGGACGCUCCUGCGCUCGAAGCGCAAGCUGGAGGAGCUCGGCACGAUCAUCCAGGAGAGCAGGAGGGCAGGUCACUAAAUCUGCGUUGUAGCGGUCGUGGUGCUCUCGAUUCUCUGUCGGCACGCGGGGUCGGUGGGUCUAUGUCAUGCCGCUAUGCGUUCGCUGUACCACUAUGUGUCUCUCGCGCCCUAUGCAUAUUUUCGCCAUUGCAAGU